GCCGUACGCCGGAAGCAGCUAGUUGCUCCGUAGCGGCCGAAGGGGCGGGCUCGAGGGCCGAGGGAGUCUAAGCUCCUCGCGGCUUGUUUGGUGGUGCAAGAUGGCGGACAUCUCCCUGGACGAGCUCAUCCGGAAGCGCGGGGCUGCGACGAAGGGGCGUCUCAAUGCCAGACCAGGAGUCGGAGGUGUUCGAUCUCGUGUUGGGAUCCAGCAGAGCCUCCUCAGCCAGCCGGCCCGCACGGCCACCUUCCAGCAGAGGUUUGACGCCCGGCAGAAGAUUGGCCUCGCAGACGCCCGGCUCAAGCUGGGGGUCAAGGAUGCCCGGGAAAAGCUUUUGCAAAAAGAUGCUCGGUUCCGGAUCAAAGGGAAAGUGCAGGAUGCCAGAGAGAUGCUGAACUCGCGGAAGCAGCAGAGCACGGCGCCCCAGAAGCCCCGCCCGGUGGCCGAUGCCCGCGAGAAGAUCAGCUUGAAGCGGAAUUCCCCAGCCACCUUCAUGAGCCCCCCCAUCGGGACCGUGACCCCUGCCCUGAAGCUCACCAAAACCAUCCAGGUUCCCCAGCAGAAGGCCAUGGCACCACUCCACACCCAUCCUGCUGGAAUGAGGAUCAAUGUUGUCAAUAACCACCCGGCCAAACAGAACGUGUAUGACUUGGAGGAAGAUGAUGACCCGGUCGCUCCUGUUCCUGGUAAACAGAUGAAAUUCGCAGCCUCGGGCGGCUUCCUCCAUCAUACUGCCGGACUGAGCAGUUCCAAGUUCUCCAUGUCCAAGGCCCUCCCUCUCACCAAAGUGGUUCAAAAUGAUGCAUACACCGCUCCUGCCCUCCCCUCCUCUGUUCGAACAAAAGCCUUGACCAGCAUGUCUCGGACACUAGUGAACAAGGAGGAGCCCCCCAAAGAGCUGCCGUCUGCUGAGCCUGUUCUCAGCCCUUUGGAAGGCACCAAGAUGACCGUGAACAAUCUACACCCUCGAGUCACGGAGGAAGACAUCGUGGAGCUUUUCUGUGUGUGUGGAGCCCUCAAAAGGGCUCGGCUGGUCCAUCCUGGCGUAGCAGAGGUGGUCUUUGUGAAGAAGGACGAUGCCAUUACUGCAUAUAAGAAGUAUAACAACAGGUGUUUGGACGGGCAACCCAUGAAGUGCAACCUUCACAUGAAUGGGAACGUUAUCACCUCAGACCAGCCCAUCCUGCUACGGCUGAGUGACAGCCCCUCAGUGAAGAAGGGGGGUGAGCUGCCUCGCAGGGUGAAUUCUACCGCCUCAUCCAGCCCCCCUGCCGAAGUGGACCCUGACACCAUCCUGAAAGCACUCUUCAAGUCUUCAGGGGCCUCCGUGACUACACAGCCCACAGAAUUCAAAAUCAAACUUUGAGUGGGUGGGGGGUGAGGGAGCCGGGGGCAGAGGAGGGUGGCUCUGUUUCCUAGAGCAAAGCUUGUGACCAAUGGACCGUCGGACUGGAGGCCCCUGAGCGCGGUAGAGUUGCCGGGGGUAGAGCGCUUCCUCACUGGACGGGACCCACCUUUCUGUGUUGUGUUCUGCCCUGUGCUCUUCUGUACGUUAACAUUUCCUGUAGUCUGUUUCUUCUCCCUGCACCUCAUCACCAAGGUAGGCUUGUGUUGCUCAGAGUGUCUCUCCCCUCAUCUCAGCCCCAGACUGAUUUCUUAUCUGAAAAUGGUACCCUAGGUUCUCUGGAUGGCUUUCUUGUGGCCCCAUGGAAUGCAGGGCAGGGGCCUCUGUGAAGGACACUUCUUUCUCUGGGAGGCAAUGCCUCCCUUCCUCUUUUUUAAACUUUCAGAUGAAGUGGGGAGUGGGAACCCCUGCCCUCCUGGGGGAAGCCAGGUCAUUGAAGAGCUGUGCUGCUCACCUGCCUUGUCAUCGCAGGUGGCCUGGGCGGGGAUCAGGCCACAGCCCUCCUGUCCUCUCACCACGAUUGGCUCUGGACAGUGUUGUGGUGUGGAGAGGGCCAUGUGGCAAGGGCAGGUGAGGCUGCUGCUCUGCUGGGAAAAGCAUCCCCUGCCCUUACUGUGCUGUCUCCAGCGGCUCAGUCCGUUCUCAAGGUCACGUUUCCCUCUCCUUGCGUCCUGCUGUGUGCCCCCCCCCCCCAGCUCUCAACCUUCCGCGUCUUGUUGCCAGGAGGGGCGUGCAUCGUCAGCCCUUCCAGUUUUCACCUGGCAUGGCGCUCGUCACACCUGGUUUGGUGUAAAUGUCAGCUCUCCGCUAGUUGGAUUUGUUUUUAAAGGUCUGCCUCUUCUUCUGUGACACUGAGGGUCUGGGGGAUUAUUUGGAUGGGAGAGGUUAGUUUGCUCCUGGCUCUUCUUUUCUGGCCUCGGAUGCCUACAGGACAAUAGGGAUGCUGAGAGGCACAGAUCCAGCUGCCACUGAGGGGCACUGUUCCCAGGAUUGUGACUGACCCGUCCGUCCAUGACCAGAGGGGUCUUUCCCUGCCUUGGCAGUGAAGGGCGCAGGGAGUGCUGGGUGGUAGGGAGGGCAUGGAGAGAGCAGAGCAGCCCCUCCAAGUGAGCUGGUAGGCUCUUCCCUCAGCGUGGUUCCAGGUGGUGGGGCAGAACUGUAGCCACCAGGGGCAGCCCCUGAAUAGCAGGACAGCAGAACUCCACAGGCCUCUUCGGUCUCCUGCUGCCUUGUUGGGACUGCAGAGGGCAUCCAGGCUGGCAGAGCUGGAGCAAGUUGGGCAGCAGGGCUCAGGGAGCUGUACAGAAUGAUUAGCAAGCGAGCGCUGUGAAAGGCAUGAGUCUAGAAAGUAGAGGGGACCUGAGACACUAAGAGCCUUUCGUGGCCUGCUUGGGACCAGCCCAGUGAAGAAAAAUCUGGAAACCCAUGUUUCCAGAGUUCUGUCUGUAAACAGGAAGGACCCAGGCUUUGAACACCGCUCAGUCCCCCAGCUCUUAGGCUGCUCAGGCCUUGGAAGUCAGUGGAAGGUACCCGAUGGUACUCCACCGUCUGGUUCUUUGAAGAAUGCUGCUUUCGUUCCCUUGUUCCCUUUCCCCCUUUGAACAGGUGCAAACUUAGUUCUUCUCAGCAGCUGGAAGACAUUCCUCCUACACUUUCCCCUUCCUGACCCAUGAGAGCACCUACAAGGCAGUAGGACCUGGCUUCUCAGGUUCUGGGGGCAGUGGGAUCACUGCUUGGACUCUGCUUCAAGUAGGGAUGAUAAGUAUCCUGUCUGCAUGGCUUUCCCCUCCUCCCCCCCCCCAGCCCCAGUCCCAUGCCAGGCUGCUCUGGCGUUCACAGAGUUCAUUGAGCCCCGCUGCAGCCUCCCGGCCGUCUGGACCGUGUCUGCUGGAUACCCGUAUGGUACAUUGCAGGGUGGAGCCUGUUUGCCUCCCCUGCUCUACAGGGUGUCGUCAUGGGAAAUGGAAGAGAAGGUGGUGGGCCGAUCCUUGCGUUCCUCUCCACCUCCCACCCCUCCACAUUCCUCAUGUGUAUCUCUAGUUCAAAAGGAGAGGAAGAGACAUUAAGGGAUGGAGGAGACUCUAUGUUACUUACCCAUUUCUGAAUAAAUAUUUGUUAUUCCUACC